CCAGAGAAAUAUGCGAACAGGGAGAAGCGAGUAUGAUAAAUGAAUUAUUGCGCACUAUCAGAGGCUACUGUGAAAAAAGAAACAUCGAUUACAAAAAUGUAAAUGUUUGUAGGCAAUCGAGACGUUUAAAUAAUGGCGAUUUUAUUGUACCAAAAGGAUGCCUUGAGGAUUUAUCAUCCGAGGAUAUUUCUGCAUUACAAGAUGAUAUUGUACAGCACAGUCAAAGAACACAACUGCCAAUCCGGAGAGUCUGUCAAGCAGACUACCAUGCUCUGGUUCUGUUUGUGGACAGAUCAAAAGCCUACUGGAAUGUGAUUAACAAGGUUCUUCAUAAAGGAAACAACUAUGGAAAAACUGACCAGAGUGAGAGCAAAACGCAUGUAGUGUUGUUAAACUCAGCUGACGUGGCUGCUACUUGUACUAACUUGGUUGUCACUGGUGAUGACUGCAGAGCAGGCUUUCAUGAGAAACUAUACACAGACUGUAGUGACAAAUACCCAACUCUUAAAGCUGCAUGUCCUGGUGACAUGAAGAGUCUGGUGCCUGCAACUGUUAAUGACAGUGACAAUAUGAACCCAGCCUCUCUCAGUGAUCUGAAUUCUUUGAACCUUCAUAGUAAUAACACCAAGGACCCAGCCUCUUUGAGUGGUCCACCGACCACCACAAACACUGACUGUCCUGCUGACCGUAGCGCUAUCAGACCUGACAUCACUGGUACUCGUAACACUACAGACCAUUCCUCUUCUUGUGACCCAAAAAUGCCUGCUGCUUCUGGUCAUCUGGAUGACCAUGUUCCUGAUAUUACUGGUGACCAUGAUGUCAUAAACAUCCAGUGCCAUGACAGUUCCAAUGAUCAGCAUAAUCGUUUGGCAACAGAACACCGUGGCAACAUACAAAAAGCUAAUGAAAUUAGUGGACUUGAUACGGCAUAUUCCAGUAUGGCAGUCCAUACCUCUGAUACAGCAGAAUCUGUAAACCAGAUUCCAGUGACACCUCUGUGUUUACGAGCUAUAGCAAUAUUGCAGCAUGUAACAGAACUUCUUAAGGCUACAGGACACAUAAUGAGGGAAGUUCCGUUUCUGCCUUCUCCAGCUGUCCUCGAGUUGUGCCAUGUUCUGGGAUAUCGGCCACAUGAUUCUUCAACAAAUACCAGAACCCUGGACGCCAUGACUCACAAGGCAGAAGUCUCACCAUUCAGGCAUACAGUGAACAGGGUCACGGUUAACCAGCAGGGAAGUGAGGGUGACACCGAUUCGACAGAGACAGACAAGUCAGAAAUCAUUGUCAUAGAUCUCAGGAAAUAUAUACAGGAAGCUUGCCUUGUCCAAGGCAGAAAGGCUUAUGACAAAAAUCUUCAUUUCGUUGAUGUGAAAUAUGUGGAUGGACCUACAGAUGUUCUUCACCGUGUAGCGAGACUGGAGAAUGCUUUAUCUGAGGACAGUCUGCAGCAGCCCGAUGAUGUUGUGUGUGUGCACAUUGUGUCUGAAAAUUUGUCAUUCACCUAUCAACAAAUUGACCUCGUGUGGAGAAUGCUUUCCACUCAACAAACACCAGUUAACCAGAGUCAUUUGGUGACUGGUUCAGUGGACUGCAGAAAGGAAGGAGCAGGUCAGUAUCAGAUGAGUGCUGAAGAUUUCAUCAGAUUACGUCUCCAACAAGUCAAACAACUCUCAGAUCAGAAAUAUGGAGAUGACCGUGGUUCCGCAUGGGAGUCGACUCUGAUGACCCUUACUGCAGCAGCAAUCAAGUUUGAGAUGUUGAACACGGCGUGUAAAAACCGAUUGAAGCUGGAUGUUUCACAGCAUGCUGACGGAGGACCUGGAGCCGAGACUAGGGCAGGGCUCUUUGUCAUUUACAACUGUGCACGACUAGCCACCCUGUUCAGACAUUUCCAACAGGAGGUUCAGAAAGGUGUUUAUCCAGAACUUCCCAGCAUAGACAAUGUUAACUUUGAUCUGCUGAGAGAAGAGGAAGAAUGGGUUCUGCUCUUCAACUACAUAUCUGUUUACCCUGAUGUUGUCCUCAACUCUGUGGAAGAGAUUGGUCCUCUUAAGACAGACAUUUAUGCCAAAAUACACACUCAUAAAAUUGUUAACUUCCUAAUAAGUUUGAGCAGGAGUUUGAGUUCCUACUAUGGACGCAUACUCAUCUUGGGUGAAGGUAAGCAGCAUUUGCUUCCUGUGAUGUUUGCCCGGCUGUAUCUGAUGAAGGCGAUCCACCAGGUCUUGAUGAACGGACUGCUACUGCUGGAAAUACAGCCAUUCAGUCAGAUUUAGUCACUCGGUUGACCCUUGUGAAGAAGCUACAUAUAUAUACAGAUGCUCUUGCUAAAAAUGAGCAAUAAACAAAGGAAUAACAAUGAUGGCAGUAGUUCAGGAUAUGUUCAGCCAGCAAACGUUUCGCUAUUGUUCACAAACUGUUUGAUUGGUUCCCGAGGUGGCUGUUUGGUUUAAGCUAAAAAAAAAACCAGUCUAGCUGACGUUUUUUCUGCUUGGUUUGGCUGAACUCUGCCCAGGUGUGAGGGACUCGGUAUCUUAUCUUGCGGACAUUCUCAAGCCAGUGACACUGUGUAUUCAAGAUAUGUUGUGUUUUAUGCUGAUAAAAUAUAUUUAUUAAAAACAA